UAGUGAACAAUCAACAUACAGGUUAUAAACCGAGUUUUAAAAACUUCUAUCAAACAAACAAAAAGUAAACUGAAGAAAGUAUGUACAUAUUGUAUACUGCACGUAUUGUUGUAUAUUGUUACGCUGAAAACUUUAAGAUAAAUAAUUAAAAAGUAACAGAAACACAUAAAUUUAAAGAAUGUCAGAAGAAAAGUCUGAAAGUCCAAUCGAUAAAGUAGAAGGAGCACAACUUGAGUCCAUUGAUGACAAGUUAAAAUCAAAGAGCGAUGAUAAAAGUAAACAAAAAAAUAAACCAGAAGAAAACACUGAGAAACCUAAUGGCCGAACGAAUAACAAUGAAGCUGGAAAUUGUUAUUGCGCAAAAGAAAGAAAUCUUAACAUUAUAGAGCUAUUAUGUGCUAGUUGUUCAAGAUGGUUUCAUGAAUCUUGCAUUGGUUAUCAACUAGGUAAAUUGGUACCCUUUAUGAUGAAUUAUAUAUUUAUGUGCAAGAAUUGUUCUCCAACCGGUUUAGAGAGUUUCAAAAAAAACCAAGCACCAUUUCCACAAAUGUGUGUAACAGCAAUAGCAAAUUUACUACAAAUGUCGCAAAAAGAAAAUGAACAAAAAACAUUUUUUCAUAAAGAUAAGGAUAUUAUUCCUUUCAUUGAAUGUCAUUGGGACAGCAUGACCACAAUGCCACGUAGAGUAACUCAAUCUUGGCAUGCAACAAUACAUAGAGCAUUGCUGAAAGAUGUUGGAACAUUAUUCACUAUUGAUGAAAGCAGUUCAGAUGGUCAGUUAUUCGGACUCAUAUGUUCAGAUCUCCAAAUGAUUAAACCAAAUUAUGAAGCAAUGAUUAAAGGUGGUCAUUUGAAAGUAACUGAAAUGGGUGUUCAACAUGUCGUACCACUUAGUGGAGGUUUUCGUGGUCGCAAUGCAAAACGUAAGUUUCCUGGAGAAGGAACAGGUACAGGACCUGGCAAAAAAGGUAGAGGUUCUGAUAUGACAGCUCCUAAAUUACCUGCUCAUGGAUAUCCUCUUGAGCAUCCUUUCAAUAAGGAUGGUUAUCGAUAUAUCCUUGCUGAACCUGACCCUCAUGCUCCCUUCAGACAGGAAUUUGAUGAAAGUAGCGAUUGGGCUGGAAAACCUAUUCCUGGUUGGCUGUACAGAGCCUUGAGUCCAAGUACAGUUUUACUUGCUUUGCAUGAUCGAGCACCACAGCUUAGGAUUUCAGAAGACAGGCUAGCAGUAACUGGAGAGAAAGGCUAUUGCAUGGUCAGAGCAACUCAUAAUGUGAGUAGAGGUACAUGGUACUGGGAAGCAACUAUUGAAGAAAUGCCAGAAGGAUCAGCUACAAGGUUAGGAUGGGGUCAAGAAUAUGCUAAUUUACAAGCUCCGCUUGGUUAUGAUAAAUUUGGAUAUUCUUGGAGAUCUAGAAAAGGUACACGAUUUCAUGAAAGUAAAGGUAAACAUUACAGUAAUGGUUAUGGAGAAGGAGAUACAUUAGGAUUUCUGUUAAUUUUACCUGAUACACAUGAUGCUUCACAUUUACCAAACACCUACAAGGAUCGGCCCUUAGUAAAAUUUAAAAGUCAUCUGUAUUACGAAGAAAAAGAUCAAGUACCUGAAGCACUUAAGGCUCUCAAACCAUUAGAAGGAAGCAAAAUUAUAUUUUACAAAAAUGGAGUAAAUCAAGGUGAAGCAUUCAUCGAUGUCAAUAAAGGAGCUUACUAUCCCACAGUUUCUAUUCAUAAAAGUGCUACGGUUUCUGUUAAUUUUGGACCCAACUUUAAAUGUCCUCCUGGAGAUAUUACGUUUAGAGGGAUGCAUGAUAGGGCAGAAGAAGCAAUAGCAGAACAAUCCAUGGCUGAUAUACUUUAUUUUACUGAGAAUGAGGGAAAAUUAAGACUGGAUACUUUUGCUUUAUGACAUUAAUGUAACUUUUUAUUUUUUUUUAAUUACUUUCAGUUCUGAUUAAGUAUUAUUAAUAAUUAUAUUAGUAUGAAUUUUAAAGCUUA